CCGAGAUGCUGCUGGACGCCUUCCUCUGCGCGAGCUCGCUGCUCUUCUUCGCUGCGCACGCGGAGCCGCCCUCACCCAGCCGAACCCCGCGUGCUCCCGCGCUGAAAGUGCGCCUUGCAGGAAACGGGCGUCAGGACAAUGAAGGGCGCGUGGAGGUGCUACACAACAGCACGUGGGGCACCGUGUGUGACGACGAGGUGGACAUUAAAUUGGCCAACGUGGUGUGCCGUGAGCUCGGCUUUCACAGCGGCGUCACGUGGGCACACAGCGCAAAGUAUGGAGAGGGAGAUGGGCCCAUCUGGAUGGAUAAUGUGCGCUGUGAGGGUACGGAGCGGACGCUGAAGGACUGUCGCCAUAACGGCUGGGGCGUCAACGACUGCAAACACACUGAGGACCUGGGCGUGGUCUGCACCCCGGAGCAGAGUCUCGACCAAUCAAACGCUGGGGGCGGACAGAGGCGGGGCCACUCCAUUGCCCUGAGGCCCAAUAUCAGAGCAACACAGCAGUGGCAGGACCUGUACUCCAAUCAGAGGUCACCUGCGUAUCUAGGCAACGGACACGCCCAGGACGGGUCCCAGAGAGGCCACUUUUCUCGCCAGCAGCUCGGCAGCCAGCCAUCCAGUAAGGUGCGGAUUGAGGAGGUGCGGUUGCGGCCAGUGCUCAUGUCCACUAAGAAGCGCGCCAUGGUGACGGAGGGUGUGGUGGAAGUGAAGCAUGCUGGGAGGUGGCGGCAGGUCUGCGAUAAGGGGUGGACCCUAAACAGCAGCAAGGUGGUGUGUGGAAUGUUGGGAUUCCCCAACGCUGAACAGCCCAGCUACAGCACUUACAAAAAAAUCUGGGACCGUAAAGUGAAGGAUCCUUCCACCAGGCUGAGCAUGAUGGCCAAGAAGAAGGGCUUCUGGGUGGAGAAGGUCAACUGCCAGGGCACCGAGCCCAGCCUGGCCGACUGCCACACCAAGCUGUCAAUCCCACAGAGCUCCGGCCCCUGCCAGAAAGGCCGCCACGCCGUGGCUCGAUGUGUUCCUGGACCUCAGUUUUCACGCAUGUCGUCAGGACGCCCACAGGCCCCACUGCCCCAACAGCCGGCGGUGCGUCUGAAGGCGGGGGCUCGGCUUGGCGAGGGCCGCGUUGAGGUUCUGAGGGACGGGAAGUGGGGGACUGUGGUGGAUCACCUGUGGGACCGCGUCACAGCCAGUGUGGUCUGCAGAGAACUGGGCUUUGGAACCGCCAGAGAAACAGUGAGCGGAGCAGGCAUGGGUCAGGGUACCGGUCCGAUCCACAUGAACUCGGUGCAAUGCCAAGGGACAGAACGCUCCAUCCUGGACUGCCUUUUCCAGGAGGUUCCUCUCUGGACCUUCAAACACACACAAGAUGCCUCUGUCCGCUGCAAUGUGCCCAAGACAGGUCUAGAAACCACGGUCCGUCUGGCGGGGGGGCGAGAGCCGGGCGAGGGCCGGGUGGAGGUGCUGCUGGAGGCGGGGGGGCGCAAGCGCUGGGGAUCCGUCUGCAGUGAGAACUGGGGGCUCAACGAGGCCAUGGUGGUGUGUCGUCAACUGGGCUUUGGCUUCGCAGCGCGCGCACAUGAGGAGGUGUGGUACUGGGCUGGGGACCCUGCCGCCAGUGAGGUGAUCCUGAGUGGGGCUCACUGUGUGGGGACGGAACUCUCCAUCCAGCAGUGCAGGAGGAACCAGAAUGUGCACUGCCCCCGAGGAGGAGGAGCCAAAGCAGCUGGGGUUACUUGCAGCGAGACGGCCCCUGACCUGGUGGUGGAUGCCCAGCUGGUCCAGGAGUCUGCCUACCUGGAGGACCGUCCGCUGCACCUGCUGAGCUGCGCCCACGAGGAGGGAUGCCUGUCGUCAUCGGCGGCGCGGAUGCACUGGCCCUACGGCCACCGCCGCCUGCUGCGCUUCUCCUCCCGCAUCAUGAACCUGGGCUUGGCCGACUUCAGACCGCGGGCCACACGAGAGUCAUGGACAUGGCACCAGUGUCACAGACACUACCACAGUAUUGAGGUCUUCACACACUACGACCUGCUGACACUAAAUGGCACUCGGAUAGCAGAGGGACACAAAGCCAGUUUCUGCUUAGAGGACACCUUUUGCCCAGAGGGCCUGCGCAAGCGAUUCUCCUGCUACAACAUGGGUGACCAGGGCAUCUCUGUUGGUUGCUGGGAUACCUAUCGCCAUGACAUCGACUGCCAGUGGGUGGAUAUCACAGACGUUCAACCUGGAGAUUACAUUUUCCAGGUGGAGGUUAACCCUUCAUUGGACAUGGCAGAGUCAGACUUCAUGAACAACGUCCUGCGCUGCCGCUGUCGAUACGAUGGCCACAGAGUCUACAUGUACGGCUGUCAUGCAGGUGAUGCCUACAGUGCUGAGAUUGAGGAUCUGUUUGAGCAUCAGCGCCAGAUCACCAACAACCACAUCUAGAGCCCCCAAACACAACUGUGUGAGAGUGUGUGUGUGUGUGCGUGUGUGUAUGUGUGUGUGAAAGAGAGUGAGCGUGUGAGUGUUCAUGCACCGCGCAACUCAGCUGGACAGCAGGAUGGCGUCUGUGCUCUGAUGCCAUCGGCGCUGACCCCCUGUUGAGCAACGUGGCUCACCGCAACCGCUCAAACUCCCGGGGCAACCAAACCACGGAACGUCCCAUCAUCUGUCACCAGGGCAACCAAACCACAGAGCGCCCCAGAUAUGAAGUGUUCUGGGAUGACCCCCACACCUCAAUCUCUCUCUCUCUGUAACACACACACACUCACUCACUCACACACACACACACACACACACACACUCGAGUCUCCAUGAGUGUCAAGGUGUGACUUUUGUGACUUCCUCAUCUCCCCUCUUU